AUUUAGAUCACUGCGUCAUGACGUGGCUGGCGGGAGUCGUGACGCUCGGUUCCUUGUUUUUAACGCAGCGCGGGAGAUUUAGGAACAGAGCACCAAGUCAGCCGGGGAAGUUUCCGGUAGUUUUUGAAAAUGCCUUGUGAGAGGAAGCCGAUGCGCUACGGCCACUCGGAGGGACACACCGAGGUCUGCUUCGACGACUCUGGGAAGUACAUUGUAACCUGUGGGAAUGAUGGAGAUGUUCGGAUAUGGGAAGGUCUGGAUGAUGAUGAACCAAAGUUCAUCACGGUUGGGGAAAAGGCUUACUCUCUCGCACUCAAGAACAACAAGCUGGUGACAGCGAGCUCCAACAACACAGUGCAGAUCCACACUUUUCCUGAUGGAGAUCCAGAUGGCAUCCUGACCCGGUUCACCACCAACGCAACACAUGUCACCUUCAACAGCAGCGGCUCCAGGGUCGCUGCAGGAUCCAGUGACUUCAUGGUUAAAGUGGUGGAGGUGUCAGAUAGCAGCCAGCAGAAAACUCUCCGGGGCCACGAAGCACCCGUCCUCAGUGUCACCUUUGACCCCAAAGACGACUUCCUGGCAUCCGCCAGCUGUGACGGCUCUGUGGUGGUGUGGAACAUCAAGGAGCAGUCUCAGCUGAUCAGCUUGCCUCUGCUCCAGAAGACCAACGACAUCAGUAACGCAAAGUCUCUGUGUCGGCUGGCCUGGCAACCCGUGACGGCGAAGUUGUUAGCGGUUCCUGUGGAGUCGAAGGUGCAGCUGUACGAGCGAGGGUCCUGGGAUCAUGUGAGCACUCUGUCCGAUGAUCUGCUGACCCAGCUCAUCAACGUGGUGGUCUGGUCUCCAUGUGGGAAGUUCCUGGCAGCUGGCAGCGUGGGGGGUUCACUGACUGUGUGGGACGUGAACAGCAAGCUGUGUGUGGAAAGGCAGAAGCACGAGAAAGGCUUCACAGUGUGCGACUUGGCCUGGCACCCGUCAGGCAGCCAGAUCGCCUACACCGACACAGAGGGCUGCCUGGGUCUGUUGGACGGACUCCGCACCUCCACCUCAAACACCACCAACACCGCUACAAAGGCAGCGGGAACAAAACCAGGGAAAGACUACGAUGCACUGUUCGACGACGAUGAUGACGACAGAGUCAUGGAUGAAGGGCUGAGCGACACCAACUCCCCGGUUAAGAAACCCGUCACCGGGGACGAUGAGGAUGACGACGAUUUCCUCAUGCCUGCGACCGGGAGGGUGAGGAACAGAGUCGCCAUCCUGGAUGAUGAGAACUCCCUGGACACAGGGUCUCUGAAGCUCGGUCAGGACAAAUUUGGAGACGAUGACGACACGGGCAGUGGUAUUGUGCCUGCAGCUGCCCCGCUGGUGCCCCUGCGCCCUGCCUAUGAGGGGCCCAUGCCAACACUCCCCCAGAAGGCCUUUCAGCCAGGCUCCACCCCUGCACACCUCACACACCGCUUCAUGAUUUGGAACUCGGUGGGAAUAGUUCGAGACUACAACGACGACCAGGACAACGCCAUUGAUGUGGAGUUCCAUGACACGGCCGUGCACCACGCGAUGCACCUCACAAACACGCUGGGCCACACCGUGGCUGAUCUUUCCCAGGAGGCCGUGCUGCUGGCCUGCCCCGGCACGGACGAGCUGGCCAGUAAGCUUCAGUGCCUCCACUUCUCGUCCUGGGACACCAACAAGGAAUGGAUGGUGGACCUCCCGCAGGGCGAGGACGUGCGGGCGUUGUGCUUGGGGCAGGGCUGGGCGGCGGUCGCCACCAGCGCGCUGAUGAUCAGAAUCUUCUCCAUCGGAGGGGUGCAGAAAGAAAUCUUCAGCCUGCCGGGGAACGUGGUGUGCAUGGUGGCACACGGAGAGCAGCUGCUCAUAGUCUACCAUCGGGCUCCAGGGUUUGAUGGGGAACAAGCUCUGGGUGUCCAGCUGCUGCAGUUUGGUCGGAGGAAGAGGCAGCUCAUCCACGGGGAACCCCUCCCACUGUCCCACAGAUCCUACCUGUCCUGGUUCGGAUUCACUGCUGAAGGCACACCAUCUUAUGUGGAUUCAGAGGGGGUGGUCCGGAUGCUCAACCGCUCCGUGGGCAACACAUGGACCCCUGUGUGUAACACCAGGGAAACCUGCAAGAGCAAAUCAGAUCACUAUUGGGUGGUGGGAAUACACGAGAACCCUCAGCAGCUCAGGUGUAUUCCCUGUAAAGGCUCCCGGUACCCUCCCACUCUCCCCCGACCCGCUGUGGCCAUCCUGCCCUUCAAGCUGCCUCUGUGUCAGACCUCCACAGAGAAAGGACAGAUGGAGGAGCAGUUCUGCCGCUCGGUCCUCUUCAGCAACCACUUCAGCUUCCUGUCGUCCAGCGGCUACGAGAUCGACGAGGACGCUCAGAGUCAGUCCCAGAAGAAUCAGCAGGAACUGCUCAUGAAGAUGUUCGCACUGUCCUGUAAGCUGGAGCGGGAGUUUCGCUGCGUAGAGCUGGCCGAGCUCAUGACUCAGAACGUGGUGACUCUGGCCAUCCGAUACGCGUCCCGAUCCAGACGCAUGGCCCUCGCCCAGCGGCUCAGUGAGAUCGCAUUGGAGAAAGCCAACCUGAUCCAAGAAGAAAUGCCAGAAGAAGAAGAAGAGCAAGACUACUCGAGCGUCAGACGGCCCUCUGGGUCUGGCCAGAGUGAGGCUGCACAAGGACGUCAAAGCAGUAGACGUUAUCAGGAGGAGGAAGAGGAGCAAGAAGAAGAGCAGAGGGAGGAGGAGGAAGGACAGGAGAUGGAGAUGGAUGAGGCAUCAGAGACAAAAAAACGUAUGAAUCCGUUUGCUAAAGAUGCUGUUUCACCUGUGAAGAUAACUCUGACACCAACUAACAAAGUAGGACGUGCAAAUCCCUUCAAGGUCCUGGGCUCAGGGAAGCCCUCGUCUGCGUCCAGUCAGCCUCGAGUGACCAACAUCCUGGACAACAUGACGGCCAGCAGGAAGUUGUCCCCACUCAGCGGACCUGCGGGGAAACAAAACAAAAACCCUGUCCUCAAACCGCUGGCACCCAGGCCCAAAACAAAGACUCAGUCCACUCUGCUGCAGAUGAGUGGCACAAAGGCGUCCAAUAAAAAAACUCAGGUGAACACACUGCCGGCUGCUGAUACGCACAAACAACCAGAAGCCCCGCCUCCAGCUUCACCUGCAGAUAACACAGAGAAUAAGAGGCCGAAGACGGGCUUCCAGUUCUGGCUGGAGGAGAACAGGAAGAGCAUCACAGCUGAUCAUCCCGACCAUGAGGAGACCGACAUCAUCAAAGAGGCCAUGGGACGCUUCAGGACGCUGUCAACCGAGGAGAGACUGUCCUGGACGGAAAGAGCAAAAAAUGGAGACACAGCAGAUCUGAAGAAGAGGAAGAGAGCUGAAGGAGGAGCCGAGGGUGCAGAGACUGAGAAAGGACAGGCCGAAGCCGAUGAAAAUAGUGCCAAGAAGAAAAAAUCGCUGGAUCCAUCCUCCAAGCUUUCGGCAUUUGCUUUUAACAAAAACUAAACGUUUCAUUUUAUUUUGGUCUUGGUUUUUGUUCAGAUUUAUGUACGAAAUGUGUUUGCUGCAUUAGUGAAUGUGUCUGUUAUUUGAGGCACUUAUCAGAACACGCUUUCAUUAAUAAUGGAGCACUCUUGGUUUUGUUUUUACAUUUUGAACCAUUCUAUAAACCCUUUAUAAUCUGUAUUUUACCAAUUGAAUAAAUGUAAAUGUUUGUUAGUUCA